AUGGACUCUGCUUUGAACUUUUCAAAUUUCACCUACUCAUAGUCUCUUUUUGUCAAAGAGACUAUCAAGCUGCACUUCCAAUCACUUAAGACCUUAAUAGAUUAAGAGUCAAUGUGCACGAGAGAGGCAAAGAAGUACGACAGCAUAAUAGGAGGCUUUUUCUAAGUCAACUGGAAAUCCAUUCUUAACUUGAUCUAGCAUUCAGAAAUGCCUAAAGAGCACUUGCAGUCGAUUGUAAGUGAUUUGAAGGAAAUCAGAAGCAGGGAAGGUAUCGCUUGUGAUAAGGUAAUUGGAUUGAAAAUUGAUGCGCAUAUUCAAAUGACUGAAAUUUUCCUCUAGUUGAAUCAUCCAGGUAGCAAAGAUAAUAAGAAAUAAAUUAUAAAAAUCAAGAAGAUUCUGAGAGAGCUGCACAUCAAAAUGGAUUGUGACUAUCUAUACCUUCAGGAUGUUGAAAAUGAAUAAUAAAUGAACAAAAAUAAGAAUUUGGACUUCCCAAUUUGGUUUAUGGAGAAUAUAGUUAUUCCCUAUGCUUACAAAUUGCCCAUUAUUGUAAAACAACUUGUUGACAAACUUGAGUUGCAAGAGUAUUAGAUUGACAAGCAGUUAGAUCAUUAUCUAAAUCAUUAGUCCUAAUUAAGCAAAAAGAGGAGAUUGAAUGAUUCUACUAGUUUUGAUUAGGCUGAAAUAAUUUCCUGCAAGAAUAGCAAAAGAAGGCAAUAAUUCUAAGCCAGUUUCUAAUUAAAUGAGAUCAAUCUAAACCUUAAUAAAAAUAAAUCAGUGUCCUUUUAGACUCAAAAAGAUUCGGAAAAUUCUAGCUCAGCUUCAGCUAUAAUUAGCUAAGCACUAAAAUCUGAGAACCUUAAAACUCUAGACAAAAUCAACAAUAAGCUUCAACUUAACUAGAAAAUUGAGGCCUUUUCCUGCAGUUAAUUUUCCCAAUCAACAACCGAUAUGUCAAAGAAAUUUUCUUAGUCACAAAGAUCUCAUUCAGUUGAGUCAGUUAGAUCUUUUAAUAGCAGAAACAGUUAAUCCUUGAAUACUUCUGGGUUGAGUGCGAGAAACAUUGCUCCUCUUCAAAAUAGAGUUCUUCUGGAAUAAUUCAAAAAUAAAAUCAGCCUCUAAUAAAGAACAGCCCUCAGAUUUCCAGGCUCAGGUAUGAAUCAGAUUUAAACCCAUAUGAAAAGAGCUAAGUCCAAUCAUUAAUAGAAGAGCUUUAUAAUGAGAUAAAUAUCCUAAGUUCACCAUAUUAUUUGA